UUUACUGAAGAAAAGUUGGGCCAGGCUGAGAAGACUGAACUAGAUGCCCACUUUGAAAGCCUUCUGGCCAGGGCAGACUGCACAAAGAACUGGACAGAGAAGAUCUUGCGUCAGACUGAGGUUCUGCUACAGCCAAACCCUAGUGCCAGAGUAGAAGAAUUCCUCUAUGAGAAGCUUGACCGGAAGGUGCCUUCCCGGGUCACCAACGGGGAGCUGCUGGCACAGUACAUGACAGAAGCAGCCAAUGACUUUGGGCCAGGGACACCUUACGGGAAGACCUUGAUAAAAGUUGGAGAGACUCAAAGGCGCUUAGGUGCAGCAGAACGAGACUUCAUCCACUCUGCCUCCAUCAACUUCCUGACCCCGCUGCGCAACUUCUUGGAAGGGGACUGGCGAACCAUAUCUAAAGAGCGGAGGAUCCUGCAGAACCGCCGCCUGGAUCUGGAUGCCUGCAAAGCCAGGUUGAAGAAAGCCAAAGCUGCCGAGGCAAAAGCAGCGUGUGAGGGAGAUGCUGUACCUGACUUUCAGGAGACUAGACCUCGUAAUUACGUUCUCUCCGCCAGCGCAUCAGCGCUUUGGAGCGACGAGGUGGAAAAAGCAGAACACGAGCUGAGGCUCACACAGACAGAGUUUGAUCGGCAGGCAGAGGUGACACGUCUCCUUCUGGAGGGGAUCAGCAGCACACAUGUGAAUCACCUUCGCUGUCUCCAUGAGUUUGUGGAGUCUCAGACCAACUACUAUGCUCAGUGUUACCAAUACAUGCUGGACCUGCAGAAGCAACUGGGCAGCUCCAAAGGAGAAAUAUUUUCAGGCACAUUCGUAGGCAACGCAGAAUCCACAUCUCCUCCCGCAGCUGCUACCUCUCCUCCAGCUGUUGCUGCUGCCACCAUCCCUGCUGUGCCUACUAUUCCAGUUGUGCCCACGAUUGUUGGGGUGCCUAAUACUGUGGCAGAGGGUGUACUGAACCCGAAUGAAGUCAAACCUCCUGCCAGUGGGACACGGAAGGCCAGAGUCCUCUAUGAUUAUGAAGCAGCUGACAGCACUGAGCUGGCACUUCUUGCCGAUGAGAUGAUCACUGUGUACAGCCUGCCAGGCAUGGAUCCAGACUGGCUCAUAGGGGAAAGAGGGAACCAGAAAGGGAAAGUUCCUGUCACUUACUUGGAACUGUUGAGUUAAAUGUCUCCAAAAAGAAUGUACAAGCAGAAUGCACCCCUCAUCUCCUGGCACUUCUAAUGCGGAUUUCUUCACCUGAGACCAUUGCUCUCUUCAGGGUUAACACUCCAUUGCUAGUAUGGGAAUUGCGGGAAAGAAGUGGCAAACCUAUUACAGAAAGGUUUUGGGAAAGGGCUGAUGGCACCCAGGACUGAAUUCAUUACCUACCAGUGCAGCCUGCUUUGAGGUUAGUCUUGAUGGUGCAAGAUUCCUUGAUUACUUUUUUCCUACCCUACCCUAGUCUUGUUCAUCACAGUGGCUUUCCCAGGGCCAGCAAGUUGUCCCCCUCAGCAGCUGCACACAGAGUUUAAGUUAUACUUCCCUUGUGUCUGGUGUGGGUUAGUGCCUGUCUGCCCCUCCCGUCCUCUCUUUUCUUCAGCAGUAGCAUUGCCCAAGUCAAACCAUCAAGCAUUUCAGUGGGGAAGUGUCCCACACAAACCCU